ACCGAUCCGAUCGAUGCCCAGCCAAAGAAUUAAGAACUUGUUGGCCCAAGAAGAGGCCGUUUGUAACUUCGCAACUCGUAACACACGCUCACACACAUAGACACAAGAGCACUAAUACACACACACACUCACACUCACACUUCCGCUGGCGAAUUCCUCGGGCAGCAGGAAAAAAAGAGAUGAAAAAAGUACAAGUUACAUAACUCGCUGGUAGUUGUUGUUGGUGGGCCAUGAGGGGCUGGGAGGAGGGGUCUCCGUUGCCUGCAUCUUCAUCCGCGAAUCCGAAAAUCCGAUACGUUUCAGAGUCGCAAAUCGCAGUCAAGAGUUAAGCACUAAACGCAAGAAAAACACAAGCAAAAGCAGAAUCGCACUGAUUCUCGAACUAAGCAAAAGGAAGGACCUCUACUCAUCCACAACAACAACAAAAGGAGCAGGAGCAACAAACAACAACAGCAACAUCAUCGGAUGAUAACGUAACAUUGGAGCCACACCACACAUCCAGUUCAGCGGACAUCGCAAACAAGUAAAUUACCAUUUCUCUCAUUUUAUCAGAACAGAAAUCUGCAAGCCAAGUACUACUACUACUACUACUUCUACUACCAAUCAAAGCAAUCCAAUCCAAUCCAAUCUAAUCAAAAGUCUAAGUAUCCAAAAUUGCAUAAGAGUCGCAGACGCAGUCGCAGACGCGUAUGCGCCCGUAAAACAGAGCCUGUUCCGCUGUUCCGCUAGCAUUUUUUGUCGCCCAUCCACUUGGUUGGAGCUCCGGCUCCCGAAAAUCCGAUUGGUCUGGUCUGUGGGUCAAGAAGCCAGCAGCGCCAGCCAAGUCAAGUCAGCGCAAGAAAUUUCGCUAGAUUCUCGAUUAUCGAUUCUCGUUUCUUGUUUCUGACAAGCGGCAAACCGAACAGAACAGAACCGAACCGAACAGCAGAUCCGAAAAGAACAAAAAAAAAAAAAUAAAAGUAUAAAGAAAAAGUUAACUGAAUACAGAAAGCAUACUCUGAUAUUGUGUAUACAUAGGUAUUUCGUAAAAAACGCGCCUCUGCCAACUGCUCGAUUUAACGCGGCACAGUUUCGAAUUGCAGAUCAUCACUACAUCCCCAUCCGACAUGUCGGCGGCCCGCCUGCCCUACUAUCAGCAGGAUCAGGAGGACAACCACGAUAAUGGCAAUCACCACCACCAGCAGCUGCAGCGGCGCGCCGGGCGAGGCCAUCAGCGCGGCUACCAUGAGCGGGGCUCCGGCGGAUCCUCCAGGUGGGAGCGCAAUCGCUACAGUCGCAGCCGUUCGCGCUCUCGCAGUCGCAGUCGUAGCCGGUCUGCGGAACGCUCUGGCCAGCGCCGCCGCCGCCAGGAGCAGCAGCGUCAGACGUCCCGUCACCACAGGGAUCGCGACUCCAGGGAUCGCUCGAGAGACCGUUCCAGGGAUCGCUCUAGGGACCGCUCCAGGGAUCGCGAUCGGGAGUACUCUAGGCGCUCCAGCCACUACCGCCGUUCGGAAUCGCCGGCCUCUGGCCCUGGCCAUAUAUCCGGAUCCAGCAGCAACCACAAUAGCCAACGUAGGGGCCACCUGCCAUCGUCCUCCGGCAGAGCAGAGCUGAGUGCCGUACAGAAGGCAGCCGCUGCAGCUGCCGCCGCCGCAGAUCAAGUGCAAUUGGCCGGAAAGAGCAUGACAGCCGCUGCCGCCGCCUCCGCAGUGGGUGCCUACUAUAACCUCGACACCGACGAGCCCUUCGACAAGGAGCGCAUCCACCGCGAGAUGGAGCAGAAGCUGCGCGAAGCACUGGCCAGGGAGGGCAAAGUGUAUCCACCGCCCAAGCCGGAGCCACCUUCGCAUCCGGUGUUCGCCAACGAUGGCUCGUUUAUGGAGCUGUUUAAGAAGAUGCAGGAGGACCAAAAGCAGCAGGUUGGCAGCCAACCAAUGCAGCAGCCAGCUGUAAUGGAGGAGCUCCUGCAGCAGCAGCAAUUGGCCUCGCCGGAGGCCUCCUCAGUGCCCGCGCUGCCGGCCAUUGCUGUAGGGGCUGCCAGCAGUGCUGCCGCUCCGUACAUAGCCGCAGCGGCGGCCGGCAAGUCUGCGCCACCCCCACCGCUUGUUGGACGGCGUCGCGGCGGAAAGGUCCUGAAGACCGGCGUUGUGGCCAAGCUGAAGACGCCCAAUGAGAGCGACGUGGACCCGAAGGACUUCUGGUCGUUGUAUCUGGCCGAGGUCAAUAAAUACAAGAGCAACGCCUGCGAUACGGACAACGGCAAGCGGCCGCUGGUCAAGUAGUCGCAGCAACAGUGCCCACACCUCAUAGAAACAUGUACUUGAACGCAGGCAGACCAACAAACGUGAACUCCCCAGCUCCAAAAUCGAUUCUGAUUCGACCAAAUACCAGCCAUUCUUCCGUACACUCGAGAUACACACGCACUGAGAUAACCCAAACCCAAUCCCCAUUGAAGAUUUUGUACACGAGAAAAUGCGAGCACAGAUCCGUAGCUUAUAGAUAUAUAGAUAUUGGAGGGCUUUUGAGCUGCAAGCGCGAGCAGUGUAAUUUGUAUUUUUUUCACACGGGUCGAUACGGACUACUAGACGCUGCCCCGAUCGAUAUACACUUAAUAAAAUAAUCAUAGUCUUAGGUAAUAAGCCAUAAUUUUAGAAGAUCCAUACGAGAUGUAUCUCUCUAUAUAUAUAAUAUGAUAUAUACCGCUCAUUAAGCAACCACAAACAUGA